AAGUGAAAACAUCCUCAGCAGUAUUACGCAUGCGCAUAUUCCCAACAUCAUCACCAACAUGCCACGCCCUAUCAAACUACCUGAUAACAAGCAGUCAGCCAGAGAAAUUAUGAAGGAUUUUUCAGAAAGGGCAUAUCAUACAACCUACAAAGGUUUCUUUGAGAAGGCUGUCCAAAUUCUAUAUGGAGAAGACUUUGUAAUAAAGACUGAUCUUUCAAAGCGUAUGAUGUUCUCCUGCCAGCUGUGCAGCAAAGACAUGAACAGUGAGAUAGCCUUAGUACAGCACUCACAAUCAGGAAGUCACCAGAAAAAUCUUGAUAAAAAAAUGAGAGAGGUCUUUCAAGAUGCAGUAUACAUGCAAGAUACAAAGUACCACCACAGAGACAGGCCACACUACAAUGCCAGCAGAUUGCAGUCCAUGCUGAUGACAAGCCAAGUGAAGCCAGUUGGUUUACAGGUGGUUGAGGAGUAUGAAAAGGAACACUCAUCAUGGAGAUACUACAAAUGCAAUCUAUGUGGUGCACAUGGCAGACUAGAAGCAAUGUACAAGCACAUCAUCGGAAACAGACACACAGAAAAAUAUAUUAGAUCUCGUGUAAGUCUCAGGACCUCAGUUCUAACGACAAAGGAAAGAGAGUCUAUCCGCAAAUUUUUAAUAGACAAGGAAGGUAUGCCUAUCUCUGCCAUCAAAAUAUACAGAGAUGGAAGCCUGUAUCCAUUAAAGUGGGAAAGACACAAUCCUUCUCAUGCAGCAGUGAAAAGGAAGCAGGAAGCAGAGAGGGAAUUGCCAGGCACAUCACAGUCUUCCUUUGCCAGCAGACCUUCAUGUUCCUCCAGCCCAGAUGAAUCACCAGAAUAUUCACAAGAAAUGGAAAGGAAGACUUCUUUAGUGUGCCAAACUCAGAAGAAUGAAUUUUCAGAAAAGAGGCCCAAAGAAGAAUCUUCUCUCUCAAUGUUCCAAAAUAAAUUUCCUCCUCCUCCUCCUCCUCCUCCUCCUUUGACAGAUAUCAAGACAGAGACAAAUGGUGAUCAGCAGGCACGAACAUCAUUUAAAACUAAAGAAGAUAUUAUAAUGCAAGACCAAAGCACACAAAAAUUUGACCUGGAGGAGCUUAUGAUUCAGUUCAAUUUUAUAGUGAAAACAAGCCAUUUACCUGAAUUUGACAUCCAUACUACAGAAGAUGCCAAGGCAGCACUUGACAUGAUGUUCAAAAUUAGUUCUGCACUUCAUUUUAUUGCUAAAAAGAAUAUAGAAAAUUCAGCUGACCAGUCACAGGAUCAUAUAGACCAUCUCACUCACAAGAAAAAUCUGUUGUCUAAGAUCAUGGGCAGCAUAAAACUAAGAAUGGAAGCAGCAUUACUUGGAAAACUUGGUACGUAGUUGUCUGCCCCAUUUAGAUACACUGGAUUGUACUUAAAUUUUCAAAUUGAUAUUCCAUAGGAAUUUUUCUUCUUACAUUAUCUUCACGCAUUCUGAUUUUUCAUUAAUAUCCUUGUUAUACAGAAUCUGUAUCUGUUUUAUGUUUGUAUUGAUAAAACACAGAAAGUUAUUGAUGUAUUUUAGGUGUUUCCUCCUAAAAUGUGUAUGUUUUCUUUUUCUGAUGUUACUAACCUGAAAUGAAGCAGUCCUGAAGAACCUUAAAAGUCUAAACCUGUUUAUGAUGGUUCAUAGAGUUUGUACAGCCUGGCAAGCUGCCAUUAUAUAAACAAAACCAUCAUAUGCAAACAAAUAUGGAAUCUAUAAAAAAAAUUUGAUAAUGGUGAUGUGUUGAUAUAUCUUUAAUAUGUUUUUUUUUUUUUUUUAGAGUAGUUGUACAUAUAUUUUAUGUGCUUCUUCAUAGUAGCAUAAAUUCAUCUGUAUGUAUGUGGUUGAUUUAUCUAAUUAAGGUUUGAAAUAUACAUUAUCAGUAGAUGAUAGCAGUGAAGCAGGUGACUGAGACAUUAAUAGACUAUAUAUAUCACACUUUGUUCAAUGGAAAUGUGAUUUCCCUUUGUGCUUAACUCAAGUCCUUAGCUUGUUUAUGUCCUUUUCACAGACAUCCCCCUUUACCAGGAUGCCAGCCAAGUAUUGUACAUAUGUAAUUGGAUAGUUUUAUAAGUUUAAUUGUGCUAAAUGGAUAAGUAACUACAUACAUCAUUCUCAUCAUUAUUAUCAUAAUCCAUGAUUGAAUUGCCAAGCAAGGUCUUCCUCAGAUUUCUCUACUUAUCUCUUCUGGCUGCCUGUCUACUCCAUGCUGCCUCAGCAGAACUUAUUUCUCCAUGUAUGUAGUUCUCUAUCUGCCCUUGUUUACCAGUUAUUUACUUUGAACUGUUAAGAUGAUGUGACAGGCUAGCUUGUUUCAUUCCAUACAAAGUUGUUCCUGUGAGUGUUACUCUGCUGUGUCAUCUAGUUUGUGCCGUGUUACAGACUGGCAUCCUAAAGACUCAAUAAUGUAUUUUCCAUUAACCCCAAUCUGAUUUCUGAUUUUCAUUUAAAACAAUAAGUUGUUUCUGGGAAGUAAUACUUUCUUCAUGUUUAUUUUCCUCUAUUGGUCUCUGUUUAUUUAUUAAUUUCUCUGAUACCCCACACUGGGAGCAAUGGCUAUGGCAAAAGAAUCACCAUAUUUCCUUUAUUCAUGAAAAGUUGGUCAGAUAAUACUUAUUUUCAAAAAACUGAUCCUAAAAGAAAAGGUACAAUUUUUCAUAUUCAUUUUAGAUUUUUAUCUGAAAUUUAUGUAGGAAAGAAGCUCUCAGUCACUGUCUUGUUGAUUGAUAAUAAUGAUGCAUUUUCUUUUAUUUGUGAUUUCCUUAAAAUCAUUGCUAUAUGCUUUUGUAACGAUUUUUAAUAAAAAAAAAAAAAUGUAUGUGGGUUU